CCAAUCACCUUCUUCUCGUACCUUGCCCAUUAAGAAAAACCAAAAGACUCGACGUAACAAAGUAAAAAAACCCCGAUUAUCAAUCCCAACAAGAAACAUCCGAACGCCAUCCGCCUUUUCUCUUCAACAUCACCCUCCCAAAUAUUAAAUUAUACUCCCGUCCAGAACUCCACCGCAUAAUCCACUCCCACCGCCCUCUCGUGAUCGUUGAAGAGGGAAACCCAAGAAAGCAAAGAAAGAAGAGCAGGAAAGAGCAGGGAAGUUCAAAGCUCGUGAGCUCCGAUGGAUCUCUUCACGAAGACCGGGGCCGUCAAGCUCCGGAGCCACCUCGACAAGUACCUCGUCGCCGACGACGACCGCAAGACCGCCCGCCAGAGCCGCAACGGCGCCGCCGCCCGCGCCCGCUGGUCCGUCGAGCCCGUCGAGGGCCGGGCCGACCUCGUCCGCCUCCGGAGCUGCCACGGGCGCUACCUCGCCGCCUCCGACGAGCCCUUCCUCCUCGGCAUGACCGGGAAGAAGGUCCUCCAGGCCUUGCCCGGGGAGGGCCCGUCCUCCAGCUGGACCUUGGAGUGGGAGCCCAUCAGGGACGGGUUCCAGGUGAAGCUGAGGAGCUGGUGCGGCAAGUACCUGCGCGCCAAUGGGGGCCCGCCGCCGUGGAGGAACUCCGUCACGCACGACGACCCCCUCGCCGGGGGGACGCAGAACUGGGUGCUGUGGGACGUGGAGGCCGUCGCGGGGAGCGCGGAUUGGGAGGCGCCCGAUGAAUACUCGUCGGCGUAUUCGAGCUUCUCGUCGUCCGUCGGCGGCAGGGAUGAUGAUGUAGCGGCGCGUUCGGAGGUUGUGUCGCCGACGGCAGUAGCGGUUGCCCCAAGCAAGAUGGAGAUAAAGCAGAUCUCCAGCGCCGGCUUCUGCAUCCUGACGGGGAUGGAGUUCUUCCGCAACGCCAAGGCGGUGCGCCUCCGGAGCCGCCACGACAAGUACCUGGUGGCGGAGGAGGACGAGGAGGGCGUCACCCAGGGGCGCGACGGCUCCUCCCGGACCGCCCGGUGGUCGGUGGAGUUCGUCCUCAACUCCGACGCCGUCCUCCGCCUCAAGAGUUGCUACGGCAAGUACCUCGCCGCCUCCAACCAGCCCUUCCUCCUGGGGAUGACCGGGCGCAAGGUCGUGCAGUCCCUCCCCCGCCGCCUCGACUCCUCCCUCGAGUGGGAGCCCGUCCGGGAGGGCAGCCACGUGAAGCUCCGCACCCGCUACGGCAACUUCCUCCGCGCCAACGGCGGCCUCCCGCCCUGGCGCAACUCCGUCACCCACGACGUCCCCCACCGCACCGCCUCCCAGGAGUGGAUCCUCUGGGACGUCGACGUCGUCGAGAUCGAGGUCCAGUCCCCCACCGCCAUGCGCCCCGUCGAGCCCCUCGACCACCUCGACUCCUCCCUCGGAUUCGAGCCCGCGACGUCGCCUUCGUCCUCGUCCGCGAAUUCCGGGCGGUUCUCUCGGCAGGAGUCGAACGAUUCUUAUGCUGGGUCGCCCCCGAAAUUGGAAGGGAGGACCGUAUACUACCACAUUGCUGAUGAAAACGGGAAGGUCGAAGGGGAAGAUAUGGAAGGCUAUACUUUGAACUUCAAGGGGAACAAUGUGGAGGAAUUGACUCACAAGUUGGAGGAGGAGACAGGGAUGCAGGGCAUUUUCGUGUGCUCUCGAAGCCCGUUGAAUGGGAAGCUCUUCCCGCUUCGCUUGCAACUUCCCCCUAAUAUUUCGACUUUGCAUGUCAUCGUUGUGCCAUCCUCCUCAAUAGUGGCUGAAGACUUCAUUAAGUAAGGGAUUGUGAAGCAGUCAUGGAGCAAGAGUAUAGGGCGUACAAAAACGUUCUACAGAAUUACAUAUUCAUAAGCUUUGAUUGAGUUCUGCUUUUACGCUUCCAGAGACCUCUACUUGUUAAUUGUUCGUAGAGGAAGUAUCGACCCAAUUUUAUUGCCUGAAAGCGAGAAAAGGAAGAUGUCAGAUGGGUGAAGUAUCAUAAUAGCACUCUCCAGUCUCCGUCACCGGCCAUGAUGUCUGCAGUUUCUGUCAGCCUUGGAAGUUUAUAAAUGGCACUUGGAAACUUUUCUAUUUAGGUUUAUACCAAAUUCUUUCAAUUUUUGUUUGAUUAAAUUUAUGUACGGUCCUAUGGUGAUGUAAGAUGUUUGGCUGGAUCAAUUUCCAUUGUAUCGUCCGACCCCAUUUGUACAAUUCGCAUGAGGUUGUUCUGUAAGUUGUUGGCACCCUGACCAUUAGUGUUUGCGUUUCA